AAAACUUCAUUGAUUAUUGUGCACUUGCAUUUCUCUAUCUCGCUUGACUGUACAUUUCAUUUUCACAAUCGGCUAGCUUAGAUUCGAUCCCAAUAAGCAGCUAAGCUCACUGAAUCUCAUCAACAAACCAGUAAACCAGUAAACCCUAGCUCUCUCUCUCUCUCUCUCUCUCUCUCUCUCUACCUAGCUUAGCAGAAGCAGAUGAGUCAAAAAACCAGCAAGGACGAGGUGAUCGGUGGAAGGUCGCCGAGCGGCGACGGAGACAAGGCGGAGGAGGAGCUCCGCGAGGCCCGCAGCGGCGACGACGACGACGACGACGAGGCCGGCACGAGGCAGCCGUACAACUGCACCUUCUGCAGGAGGGGCUUCCCGACGGCGCAGGCGCUCGGCGGGCACAUGAACGUCCACCGGAAGGACAGGGUUGGAAGAGCGACGCCGUCCUCCUCGUCGUCGACGACGGCGGCGGCGGCAAGGCGAAGCGUCAGCUACGAUACGCUCGUGAGGUUGUUUCGUCCGCCGGCGAGCGGAGGAAGCGAGGAUGCGGCGGCGUCCACGGCGGCCGGCGGCGGCGCGAGCCUGAGGUCCCGUACCGCCGAGCCGGCGCCGCAAGAGCUAAGGCUGUUUGGGCGCGGCGCCGGCCGUCGGGAAGAAGGUGGUGGUAGAGAUCGACGAGAUCGCUACGGCUGCUGCUCCAAGGAUGGGGAUGGCAAUGGUGGCCAUGAUCAUGGGGAGGAGGAGGAAUUGGAUUUGGAGCUGAGACUUGGUGGUUCAGGCUCUGCAGGCUCAUGAUCGAAUCAAUACUUAAAUGUGUGUCAAUUACGUAUUCUUUUUCAUCAUAAUUGAGUUGAUUUGAAGGAGUAUUUGGUUCAAUUUAGAUCUCUAGCUUAGGUAGCUUUCUAUGUACUUCACAUUUUACCCCCACAGAAUAUAUCUGAAACAAUAUACUUCUUGUUGCUUUUAUUAUGGUAAAAUUUCAAUGGUGAAGAAUGCAAAUUUCCUCAGAGCUGUCAUUGAACAUAUAUUGCCAUGGAUUUUUUUCUAUGUUGCAGUCAUCCAAUAACAAAAUGUAUGUACUAUUUGCUUUUCAUUUAGUUUAAAUUUACACUUUGUAAGAGAUAAAAUAUACUCCCUCCGUUUUGAAAUGUUUGACAUC